GGCUGGGUUGAGUGAGCGGCUCGGACCAUUGCUCGCGGCGGGCGGGGGGGGCGCGGGCGAGGCGGAGGAGGAAGGAGCCGGCGAAGGAGGCGGGGGGGCGGUUUAAAGGGACAAGAGCCGUGCAGGCGCCGGCGGGGGAAGCCGGAGCGGCGGCGGGCGGGGACUCGCCCCCUUCCCCACACACGCCCGCUCGCACUGCGGCCGGGGUCGCCGCCGCCAGCGCCCCCAUCCCCUCCCUUCCCCUCCGCCCGCCGCUUCCACAGCGGCCUCUAUGAGGUAGAAGGGAGCGGCGGCCACUCCGGGGGCGGCAGCGGCCGCUACAGCCGCCGCCUCCUCCUUCUCCUCGCCUCAGAGCGCCCCAUCUUUGUGUGUGCGGGAGAAGGGCGGGAGGGAGUGCGCGCUGCCCGCCCGCCGCGCUUUGUUCGGAGCCGGGGGGCCGUGGCGGAGCCCCGGCUCUAUGUGCCAGCGGCUCCCCGGCGGCGGCGGCGUGAGGGGCCGGAGCCCCUGAGGGCGGGGGAGCCCCGGCCCGUGUCGGUGCUGCGGGGCGGGGGAAGGGGCCGGCUCGCUGCCCGCCGGCCCGGCCCGUGUGCGGGCGGAUUGAUGUGGGGGGGUCUGACAUGAGUCCGCCGGCGGCCGGGUGCUGCCAUGUGACCGGCUUCAAGGUGGAGAACUGGAAGCAGAACCUGCGGGCGAUUUACCAGUGCUUCGUGUGGAGCGGCUCGGCCGAGACCAGGAAGCGCAAGGCAAAGUCGUGCAUUUGUCAUAUGUGUGGUGCCCACCUGAACAGACUCCACUCUUGCCUCUACUGUGUCUUCUUUGGCUGUUUUACAAAGAAACAUAUUCACGAGCACGCGAAGACAAAGCGACACAAUUUAGCCAUAGACCUUUUGUAUGGGGGUAUAUACUGCUUUAUGUGUCAAGAUUACAUAUACGACAAAGACAUGGAACAAAUUGCCAAAGAAGAACAACGAAAAGCUUGGAAAUUACAAGCCUUCACCCCAACAGUGGUUUCUCACUACCAGUGUACAAUGACAGGCAUUGGAGAGAAGUAUUCAACAUGGGAGCCGACCAAGAGAGAGUUAGAAUUGCUACGACACAACCCCAAGCGAAGAAAAAUAACCACAAACUGCACCAUAGGUCUACGAGGGCUAAUCAAUCUUGGGAACACAUGUUUUAUGAACUGUAUUGUCCAGGCACUUACCCACACUCCACUGCUGCGAGAUUUCUUCCUCUCCGACAGGCACAAAUGUGAAAUGCAAAGCCCCAGCUCAUGUCUGGUCUGUGAAAUGUCUACGCUCUUUCAGGAGUUUUACUCUGGGCACCGAUCUCCUCACAUUCCAUAUAGGUUAUUGCACCUGGUAUGGACUCACGCACGGCAUUUAGCAGGGUACGAGCAACAAGAUGCACACGAGUUCCUCAUUGCUGCAUUAGAUGUGCUACACAGACACUGCAAAGGUGAUGAUAAUGGGAAGAAGGCCAACAACCCCAACCACUGUAACUGCAUCAUAGACCAAAUCUUCACAGGCGGACUGCAGUCGGAUGUUACCUGUCAAGUCUGCCAUGGCGUUUCCACGACGAUAGACCCGUUCUGGGACAUCAGUUUGGAUCUGCCAGGCUCCUCCACCCCCUUCUGGCCGCUGAGUCCGGGCAGCGAUGGCAGCGUGGUCAACGGGGAGAGCCACGUGUCGGGCACCACCACCCUCACAGACUGCUUGAGAAGGUUUACAAGGCCAGAACAUCUAGGAAGCAGUGCCAAAAUCAAAUGUAGUGGUUGCCAUAGCUACCAAGAAUCUACCAAACAACUCACUAUGAAGAAAUUACCCAUUGUGGCCUGUUUUCAUCUCAAACGGUUUGAACACUCAGCCAAACUGAGGCGGAAGAUCACUACGUAUGUCUCGUUUCCACUGGAGCUGGACAUGACACCUUUCAUGGCUUCCAGUAAAGAGAGCAGAAUGAACGGGCAGUACCAGCAGCCGACGGAUAGUCUAAACAAUGAUAAUAAGUAUUCCUUGUUUGCAGUAGUUAAUCACCAGGGAACCUUGGAGAGUGGGCACUAUACCAGCUUCAUCCGGCAGCACAAGGACCAGUGGUUCAAGUGUGAUGAUGCCAUUAUCACCAAGGCAAGCAUUAAGGAUGUGCUAGACAGUGAAGGAUAUUUGCUGUUCUAUCACAAACAGUUCCUGGAGUAUGAAUAGCCUUAUCCAGCAGCUUGUCAGAUGUAAACAAGGAAGAAACAACUCAAGCCUUCUGAAUCGACACACAAACCUACCUGAAAUGAAAAGACCCAUUACAAACCAACUCGCACUGAGCUGUAACAGGACCUACUUGACACUGACUCACAGCCUGGAGAGUGAGAAAUGAACAAUGUCCACCGUGUGUGCAGUCCCACGAGGACAGAAAGGGGGAAAAGAGGCUGCAGUCAGUCACUUAACAGAGGAAAUAUAAAAUGAAAGGAAUGCUCUGGGUGGGGGAAAUGGGAGCAGAGGAGUCCGGGCACUGGUACAUCUCCUGUGUUCCUCCAAAAAUGUGUGUGGGAAGGCAAAGGAUUCUACCCUCAUCUCCAUAAAGCAUCUUCUCCAUUUGGUGCUUCAGCUCCAACGACCAAUCAUAUAACAGUUAAAAUUAAAAAUCCAAACCCAUUUUUUUAUGCAUAUGGGUCUGAAAGCAGUAGAGUGGAGGAGGAGGGGAUGAGACAACUAAAGGACUUUGCAAGUAUCUUUUUAUUUGUGAAUUUUAGUUAUUAAAUAAAUACAGUAUGAAACUAUUAGGCUCUUUUUUUUCCAACAACCAUAAAAGAAAUCCUGGAUUGUGGGACUGAAGCUGCAGUACUCAGACAGGUUUUCAAGCAUGCCUGCUUGCACAGGUAAUGUUCAAUGCCAUCGGACUGCUCAUCCAAAAGCAUCAGCACAGAUUCUGUUGUUUGAGCCCUUUUUUGUUUUGUUUUCUAUAAAUAGCUAUUUUCUUAAUUUUUUUCCUUUUAUUCCCUUUUUUCACGAGAAUGAAAUUCAUAAAUGCAACCAUCAGUAAAAAUGAAUGAAUUGGUGUGUUUAUACUGUAA